AGAGCCUUUAUUUUAAUCAAGUUUGCAAACUUGGGUCUCUUCACAUGUCCAACGUACUGAAAUAGCCGGAGAGCCCCAAAAGGUGGGGGUAAGGGGCUUCUGAGGUUCAGGACCCCUGACUGGCUGACAUUUGUCUAGGGGUGUCCUGGUGCACUGGCAGGUGAUCCUAUCUACAGCAGUUAGAAUGUUAGGCAUUUUCUUUGAAUGGUCUGUUCUAGGACGGUGGUCGGGUAAUCUCAACUUGUGGAUCCUCCUGCAACCAGGUAUUGCCUCAGGGCAAACUACUCAGGCCUCUUAUUAAAUUUAUGGAUCACUGAGUUCUACUCUGGCAGCUGAUAAUGGUUGGAAGUAAAGAACUUCCUUUGGGCUGCUCCGGUUUUCUCUUUCUCUCGGGCCCGUGGCGUCGGCAAGAUGGGCAAGUGUUGUGGUCUCCGUACUGCCAGGAAGCUCUGCAGCCACCGCCGGGACCAGAAGUGGCAUGGCCAACAAGACAAGAAAGCCCACUUGGGCACAGCCCCGAAGGCCAUUCCUUUAGGAGGUGCCUCUCAUGCCGAGGGAAUCGUGCUGGAAGAAGUAGGAGUUGAAGCCAAGCAGCCAAAUUCUGCUAUCAGGAAGUGUGUCAGGGUGCAGCUCAUCAAGAAUGGCAAGAAGAUCACAGCUUUCAUCCCCAAUGAUGGUUGCUUGAACUUCAUUGAGGAAAACGACGAAGUUCUGGUUGCUGGAUUUGGUCGAAAGGGUCAUGCUGUAGGUGAUAUUCCUUGGAGUCCGCUUUAAGGUUGUUAAAGUAGCCAACGUGUCCCUUUUGGC